AUGAGCCAGUAUCCUCCGCCGAACUCGGGCCCGACUCGUGGAUCUUACGGUAUGAUGCCUAAUCAGUAUCAACAGCCACCGCAGGGCUACCCUACUUCCUCGUCGAUGAUGCCGCAGACUUCGGUCGCAGCCUCUCAUCCCCAACCUAUCGCGCCGGCUCCUGCAGCCGCGCGACCUCCAGUCCUCCGCCCAAUGCCCGCGGGUGGAGUUAUGCCGCAGACUGGGUUGCCUUCCCCAUAUAGCGGAAGCCCCAUGAUGCCUCACCAGCAGUCUCUGCUUCAGGACACCGAACAACCUACUCACGUGGUAGGAUCUCAAGGGCGACGCGGUAUAUUGCCUAGUGCUCCCGGUAGACCGGCCGCCCAAACAGGUAGUGGUGCUUCUAAGAAUACGGUAAUCCCACAGAAGGACGCAGACGGCAAAUUCCCUUGCCCCCACUGUACUAAGACUUACCUACACGCGAAGCACCUCAAGCGCCAUCUACUCCGACACACGGGUGACCGCCCUUACAUGUGCGUGUUAUGCCGUGAUACGUUUUCGCGAAGUGAUAUCCUUAAGCGUCACUUCCAAAAAUGCUCGAUUCGACGAGGAAACCCGACCGGAGUGAGCCAUUUGUCUCAUCCUCAAGCACACGUUAAGAAGCAGCAGCAGAAUGCGCAAAAAGCUAAUGAUGGCGACAUGGGCCACAUGAAUGGCAUGGCUAACAUGCCAGGUGAUAAUGUCGUACACCCAUUCGGUAUGGUCCAGAUCCAAGAUGGUAUGGGAAACAUGGCCAACGACCAGAACCAGCUUUCUAGAUCAAGCAGCAUGAGCCGGAUGGACGAUAACGGCAACCGAGAUCGCAGAAGUAUGACCGGCGGCUACAACGGCGACGUUUCUAACACGAUGUCUUCGAAUAUCAACCCUCAGUUGGCCAACUUUAACAUGCCUCCGGGCCAAAACGGCAUGCCUACCAUGUAUGGAGCUUCGGGCUCAAACCAACAAUCUGGCCUUGACUGGUCCCAGAUGUUUCAACAGUCUGGUGCGCACCAUGCCUACGUCAAUCAGUACCCUCCUAAUAUUGGACAGAAUCAGACCGCAAUCAAAGCCGAGCCUAACCUCACUUCCGAGAGACCCCACGGCAUACCGGGCAUGGCCCCGAGCGAUAUGAACGAACGAUCGCUAUUCUUUUCGAACUCGGCCGUGCAGCCGUCGACCAUCGAUCCGUACAUCCAGCUCUCUUCUCAAAUCCAUCUUUUCUUUCACCCUCCCGGCACCGUUGCCUCCAACCAAACCGCCGGCCUUAACGACUUCUUUUCCCCUAACAACAUUAGAGAUUUUCUUGAUUCAUACAUCCAUUUUCAUGCCCAUUUCCCCUUCUUACACAUUCCCACAUUUCGCAUAAUGGAGGCGUACACUGGUCUCAUCGCCGCGACCUGCUGUAUCGGCGCCUGUUAUUCUAACCGCGUUUCGGCUUCUAACGUCCGAGAUAUAAUGAAUUUCCUCAAGAUAGCUCUCGAACGUGAUUGCGAUUUAUUUGCCACCAAUGGGCCCCAGACUUCAUUCAAAUUUAGCAACGGCAAGGACAAAAAGGAUAUUGAGCGGUUACAAGCACUUAUUCUUAUGUCGGCGCUUCUUACUUGGCAUGGUACGCCCAUCCAGCGCGAAAGUGCUAGGAGACUCUUUCCUCUGGUAGCGGACAUUUCGAGAAGAUUUGAAUUAUUACAGGUCAAAAACGAUUCGUCUCUAUGCAGUGUUUUUCAUCAGCCAAAAAUUCCUUUGGACGCGUACAAUCCUGGACGGUUUGAUUGGGGCGCGUGGGUUGAGCAGGAAUCGCGUAUUCGUUUGAUGGAUAUGGUGUAUCUCCUCGAUAUCGCACGCGGUCUUUAUUUCAACUGUGACCCUCAAUUUGACAGCUUCGAGAUUCGUAUACCCUUACCUGCGGAUGACGCAGCGUGGGAGGCACAGUCUGCAUUGGAUUGUGCGCAGGCAUUAAGUUUAUACGGUCCUGAGUCAGCGAAAGAGAAAAACCCGGAUGGGUCGCAGCGCAGCAAGCAGCCUGAGUUGAACUUGACUCUCACCGCGCUGUUUCAUCCGUCCUAUCAAAUUCAUCCCGGAAGUACAAACCUCUACGGCAAGUUCAUCUUGAUUCACGCGAUUCUUGCUCAAAUCAGAAGCGCUCAGAUCUCGGGACGUAUUCCUUCAUUGGAUGGUACUGCGACACCUCUCUCGCAAAACGAUUGGAUUAUUGCGAAUGGGUCGGAUACAGGGAGUGGGAACGUGAGCACCAAUAACAGCGCAGCUGGCACGCCAGUGGCUGGCUUGUCGGCCCAGACGUACAAGACGAUAUGUACGGCGCUCGAUAAGUUCAAAUCGUACUGGGACAUAGAUAUGGCGAUGCAAUUUCGAUCUGUUUCUAAUCCUCGGCGGUACGGAUUUUGCCGUGAUGGCAUACACUUCUUUUGGCUUGCGAAAUGGAUGCUCAAGAAUACUUCGGUGGCGGAUUUGCAAAUGGCGCCGGAUAAUCGUUUCCGGCAGGUCAUGCAACUACUCAAAUCUGUCAAGGCAUGGGUUAUGUCGGACGGGGCUUCUAGGGGUGAGGAAUUGGGAUCGGUAUCUGAGAUCGACAGCGAUUACGGGGUGUCAAACUUGACUGUCGACAUGGCGCAACUGUUCAGACCUCUGCCAGCGGUGGUUUCAUGUCCCGGCAUGCCUGCGGUCAAGACGGAAGUCUAA